AUGCCCGAAGAAGUGCUGCCCUACCACAAAGAAGAGAAGAGACUGGCGGCAUCUGAGUAUGAGAAAUACGACCCUAUACGCGAGCGUUUCAGCUACGUGAUCGUCCUCCAGGUGUUUCUGCUGUACCUAAUUUACCUCUACUACGAUCACAUCAACGAGUACCAUCCGCUAUUAGCCGGGGCUCUUCUGGGAGCACAAACGUCAUGUCUGGCACAGUCGUUGAACCAGUUUUACCAGCGCACAAUCAGCAUAUCUAAGCAUAUCAAAUUCUACGUCUACGGAAUUUUCAACGGAGCAGCUACCACUUUAUGGAUCAAAUUUCUGGUGUCUCAGGUGGACACCAAACUUAUGAGAUUUGUGUACGACCAAACAUUUGCUAUUUCGUUUAUACUCCGAAAUUAUCCCGCACAACAGCUGAUGGCAGAUGACACAUACUAUCUAACUGUUCACGAGGCCGCCCUGGCUGUAGUUGCCACAGCCAUGAAGAAGUCCAGACUGAAGCCGCACAUCCUGGUAAUCAACUCGAUCAUCGGCGCUAUUCUCUUUUCCGCCGGAGGAAUGCUGGACCUGAUGGUGCAGGCACUGAAUCCAGGGCUCGUUGAUCAUGGGUUUGUCGGGGUGGUCAGUUUGUUGCAGGGAAGCGUUUACUCGAUCGGUCUAUUUUUUGUCAUUUCCAUGGGUAUGGAGCUGUUCAACUCUAACGUGCUAUUUUUCUCUGUUGGGGUGAUGCGAGGUGCAGUGUCGGUGGUGGACCUGCUCACGAGUUGGUUCGUUUCGCUCUGGGUCAACUUGGGUGCCACUAUUUUCGUGGUGUAUUUAUUUUGCCAUGUUUCUGGUAUCACUUCCUCAGGAACCUACGUAUCAGGCUCCCGUGCAAUAGCAGAAGACAAAGAGUCCUUCUCUUUCAUGCAGACGUUCUUGAAAGGUGUUGCUGGGAACUUCUUUGUGUGUCUCGCUGUCUACUUGCAAAUAAUGGUGAAACCGCUGCACGUCAAGCUCAUAAUGAUAUACCUUCCGGUUUUCACAUUUGUGUCUAUGGGGUUCACCCAUUGCGUGGCGGACAUGUUUCUGAUUCCUGCUGGGCUUUUCAACAAGUGCUCGUUUGGGUGGGGCCGGUACUUCUGGAAGCUGCUUCUUCCUGCUACGCUGGGGAAUAUGGUCGGCGGGUCGUUUUUUGGAGUGGUUAUUCCGUGGUAUUUGCAUCUCGUGGUGAUCGAACAGGACAUGAAACAACUGCAUCUUCCAGACUACGAGGAGCGCGACGAGCAGCCGGAGCUGAACAUGGACUCCAGGGUGGUCCGCACUCCUGGCCACUCGACCGUCGCCUCGCUCAACAGUACUAUCAAUUACAACCCGCCAGAGGUGCAACCGUAUGCUCCGUCCACCGCAGAACGGUCGCCUAGCGGAGUGUUCCCUGUUUAUGACAUGGGGGAGCCCUUGGAGCGCGAACGGAGCAUAGCACAAGCAACUGAGGACGGCACAAACCUCAGACUGUCGCUGACCCGCGGCAGCUGGCGUCGUCGAGCUACACGGACAGACGCAGAGGCACAGCCCGAUUCCGCUUCCAGGAGCCAGGAAACUAUCAAAGACCGGAUUGUCCGCCAUCUGAGCAGGAACUCAAGCAGGGACGACAUGGACGCAAUGCGCAAACGGCUGUCUGCUGCGGGAAUCACCGCAAAAAUCGCCAGCCACUCUAACGAUAUUGCAGGUAUCCACCAGAACUCCAUAGACGUGUCCUACCCAGGCCCCACAGAGCCGAGGUUGAGGAGAGUGCCCACGGGGUCAGUCGAUCCUGCAGACUCGUCUGGGGACAGUUCCAGCACCGACGAGAAAAGGGACGCAAACUGA